GGAAUACGGAAGUGAUUGAAGAAAGUGUAUGCUAAUGUUUCUGUAGUGUAUUGUGUUACCAGCUUAGCUAACGUUUACGGUGUCAUCAAAAUGGGACUGUUCGGGAAAACACAGGAUAAACCCCCGAAAGACCUAGUAAACGAAUGGUCCCUCAAAAUCCGGAAGGAAAUGAGAGUGAUUGACAGACAAAUUCGAGACAUUCAGAGGGAGGAGGAGAAGGUAAAAAGAUCCAUCAAAGAUGCUGCUAAAAAGGGACACAGAGAUGUGUGUGUGGUUCUUGCAAAAGAGAUGAUCCAAUCGAAGCGUGCAAUCAGCAAACUUUAUGCCUCCAAAGCCCAAAUGAACUCUGUACUACUCAGCAUGAAGAACCAGCUUUCUGUUUUGCGGGUAGCAGGCGCACUUCAGAAGAGCACAGAGGUCAUGAAAGCAAUGCAGAGCUUAGUGAAGAUCCCAGAGAUCCAGGGCACCAUGAGGGAGCUGUCCAAGGAGAUGAUGAAGGCUGGUAUCAUAGAGGAAAUGCUAGAGGAUACUUUUGAAGGCAUGGAGGAUGAAGACAUGGAGGAAGCAGCAGAGGCAGAAGUUGAUAAGAUCCUCUUUGAGAUCACAGCAGGUGCCCUUGGCAAAGCACCCAGCAAAGUCACAGACGCCCUGCCAGAGAUGGAGCCUCCUGCAGCAGCCGCGGCGUCAGAGGAUGAGUCGGAGGAGGACAUUGAAGAGAUGCAGUCUAGACUGGCAGCCUUAAGAAGCUAAGAUGGACCUCUUGAUCUUCAGUCCCCUUAAACUCCUUUUAGCUGCCCAAGGAUGUACAAAGACAAUUUUGAUGUAUGGUUUGCCUAGUGUCUUCACAACUACGUAUUGUGUCCUUCUUUCACUCCAUUUUUGGGGGAUUAGCUUUGGGCUGAGAUCCUUUUAAUGCUUAGAGCUAAUCAUACCAGAUCAGUUUUCAUGUAAAGGGGCUUUUAUGACCUUCUAUAUCUGGGCUUACGUGUCUUAUAUCUACCAAAGUGUUGUGUGGCUGUACACCCAACGUUAUGCAUCUAACUCUCAAGAUGCACUGUACAUAGCUGAAAAUAACAAGAGGCCCAUAUGUAUCUAAGUGCUAAGUUUGGUCUGAUUCUUUUGAUCUUGUAUUUUGGGGAAGCUAAGGCUUCACUCUCCAAUUGGGUGGAAUAAUCAGAGACUCACUCUGAGAUGGUCACAGACACACCCAAUCCUUAAUGGACAUGUUUUGCAGUACAUUGUGAUAUUAAAUUAGUAACUGAUUUAAAUCCAUGAUGUUCAUGAUGCAUAGUUCCAAAAUCUAUAUACAUUUCAUACAGUAUAUUUAAUUUACUUCCAGAAUUGAAAACACUAGAACUAUAAAGCAAACUUGCUGUUUUGGUAGUUAAUCUCUGUACAGUCCUCUGUACUGCCCAUAUUGUACGUAUCUAUUGUAUAUCAUCUUUGUCUAAUAUAAAGUUAUGUGAAGGACUAAAGAAUGCACAGAAAUCAGAAACACAUUUUGUACAUUGAAAUCCAUCUUCAUUAACUGUAUCUUGUCCUAACAAUUGGUUUUGCUUUUACAGUAACACCUAAUGAUUAGUUGUCGUUUCCAUCCCUCUGGUUUAUGGGAUGUUUUCUUAUGUGCACACCUUUGUUUUUAUGUGGGUGGGAAUUUAUGGAAAUAAACAUGGUUGAUUUGA